CUUAUAUAGACUUGGAAGCCUCGUGGUUUAUUUAUAUGAGGAAUGAGUCGGGUUCGGUGCGAGGCCGAUUUGGAGAGCGCGCGCAAGAAGCCGCGGCAGGACGCGAAUGAUGUGCUGAUCGUCCCGUUCGGGCCGAUGUCUGUGGAGGCAGGCGAGGCGGCUCAAGCGCAGCGAUCGGAGCGCGCCAAGGCCGACGCACAGCUGGGCGCCAACAUGCUGCUGCCGCCGUAUCAGGGCCGGCUGGUGGUCGGGAGCACGGGCGUGAUCGCGCGCACGAUGGCGCAUCUGCGCGCGCGGUACGCCUUUGUUCCGAUCCCGGGCCAGACCAAGCUUCGCAAGGUGUACGCGUGCGAGACUCCGGCCUGCAACGCUCGUAUGGAGUGGGUUGCCAAGGAUGCUACCGCCAAGGCCUGGCUCGUUUCGCAUAGCCCGCACAGCCAUGCGGCAGCCGCGCCGACGCCUACGGCGACACCCGGCCAGCUGACAAGGGAGGGGCAGUGGUGCAAGCUGCGCCCGGAUCUGGACGCGCUCGGCGUGAAGCUCGACGCCAACGGCAUCGUCACGCACCUCAAGUACGCCCUCGCGCCGCCCAAGCCGCCCAGCGCACACCUCGUGGAGGUGAUGCAGGCUGGUGCCAUCCGCGACAUCCUGAUGGGCAUGGGCUGGGCCGCGCUGCCGGAGCAGCAGUAGUGCGCAGCACGCAGGAGUGGACACACGAGCGGCUGGCUGCAGCACAGCAACGCAUGCAUGAUUACGACCUAGGCGGGCAGUACGCCGCACAGGCACUCGCGCAGGCGCAGGGAGCAGUGCAGCAGCAGCUGCUGCUUUACAACAGCGGCACUGCAGCAGUGACAGCGAAGCUGGUGCUCAUCUCGCCAUUGGCGGUUACCACAGCCGCCCCAGAGGUGCAGGGCGUCUGGCCCGAUGCAGCGAACCCUGGUGCAGAGCCGCCGUACGUGCUUUGCCCGGAGGACUCGCAGCCGACGCCUGAAGACACAGCGCGGUUAUGGAACCUCAGCGAUGACCAGCAGCAGGCGUUCAUGCUGUACGCGCAGCUCCUGCUAGCAGAGGCCGCCGGCGUCCGUCAGCCCCCCGUGUGCUCGGUGCUCACGGGCAAAGCCGGCAGCGGCAAGUCGCGGGUGCUGCAGGCAUUGCUGUGGUUUGCAUAUCAGCACCGCUGCGAGUCUCUCAUUGCCCUCGUGAGCUACACGUGGCGCGCUGCGCUGCAUGUGAGUUGUGUGUGGGGUGUGUGGGGUGUGUGGUGCAAGAGGGGUUCAGUUCGGAGGUGAAGUGUGGCGGUGGUGGACUGGUUUAGCAGCCAGGGAGCCUUACAUGAUCAUGCUGUUGACUUCGGCCGCUGCCAUCACGGUCCAUUUACAGGACUCUACGCCAGGCGUGCUCGGCACCAGCACCACGUCCUUCUUUGCGACUGCUGGCACCUUUGGUCCGCCUCACCGCGAUCGAGUCGAGCGCAACCUCAAUGGUGUGCGCUUCAUUUUCCUAGAUGAGUUUAGCACGUGUGGGCUGUCCCACUGGGCGCGCAUUUGCAUGCAUGUGCACGCGGCACGGAGGCACGUGGGUAUAGACAGCACGCACCUAUAUCACGGGCCGCUGUCAGAUCUGCAUGGCCUGCUUGUUGGCGACUUGCGUCAGUUGCCACAGCCACGGCACGUGCCGCUAUAUAGCGGUGCUGCGGAGGAGAGCUUGCGGCAGCUGCUGGCGCCGGGCGCGGGGGACGGCGGGGCCAUGGAGCGCCAGAUCCGGCAGCUGGAGCAUCCGGAGGGCAGCAUGAACCUCAUGGGGCGGGAGCUGUGGAAUAUGGUGCCGUUCGCGUUCGUUCUCACUCACCAGCAUCGGCAGCAAGCAGGCGUAGGUGACAACAACGAACCUCUCUUCAUGCUAGCGGAGAAGUUUGGUGGCGUGCAGGAAAUCUCUCAGGCAGAUCUGGAUACAGCGUGCCAGCAGCUCAACGCGCGUGUUUGGCAGCCCCCGAAGCCAGGGAUUGACCCCGUGCCCCAGCCCUUUGCAGUUGUCCAGCGCCAUGUUGUGCGGGUUCCACUGGCAUUGCAGCUCGUGCAGCUGCAUGCGCUCGCGCAGCGUCAGCAGCUGCUGCUAUGGCGUAGCGCGGACUUGUCGCCGGACGGGAGCAGCUUACCUAUUUCGCAUGUGCAUCAAUUAGAGGCGCUUGGCGGGGCCGAGGAUGAUAGCGGUGUGCCCGCUGUGUGCGCAUUCUUUGCUGGCAUUCGUUACGUGUUUACAUCAAAUGAGCAUGUGCGUCUGUAUCACAUCAACAACAACAGUGCCACAGGCACCGGCAUUGUUCUGCAUCCCAACGAGCCACCAUUGCCAGAUGCAAGCAUUGCCCCCGUGCAUGUCCUCAAGUUCGUGCCCUCGGCUGUAAUGGUGCGCCCCGACGGGCCUGAUGCGGGUCGGGUGUCUGUCGAUCAGGCCCUGGAUGUCGGGGAGAUUCCUGUUUUACCGUGCAGUGCUAUGUUCACAUCGCAGCAUGCAACCCUGCGGUUGCCUGUGAUGCGCUGGGGCUUUCGUGUGGAGCUUGCGUAUGCAGUCACCGAUUACUUUGCGCAGGGGCAAACUCUGCCAGCGCACGAACUGUGGCUGGUGGAUAUGUGCAAACCGCAGCACGGCAGUUGGCGGCGGGCUUCAAUUUACGUAAUGCUCACCAGGUUUCGUGGGUUGCAUGCCUUACAUUUAGUGCGUCCGCUGUGGGCCUCGCGGGCCGAAGAGCGCCGGCUUAAAAAGGCGCUGCGUACCAUGCUAACGCCCGAGGCAGAUCUAGCCGCGGAAUGGCAGCGGCUAUUGAGGCUCUCGCAGAGCACAGCAGUAGCAGUGCCAGGUAUGAUUGUGCGCAUUCAGGCCAGCAUGGCUGCCUCAUAACCAAGGCUUUCAAUGCAUGCAGUAGUGUUUUUAACAUGCGCGAGGUGUACUGACAGAUGACCUGGAAGCGUGGAGUACCUUGUGGGUGGUGAGUGCUGACUGCAAUUUACAGCAGUGACUUUCUUGUUGGUGUUUGGUGUGGUGACCAUCAUGCUUGGCUUCGCUGGCUGGACGUAUGUCACUGAGCUACGUUCGGGUUUAGUUUCUACCUGUCCUGUCUCUGCGUGAAGCCGGGGUAUUGUUUAUCUGCUUGCUUGUCGUGCGUUGGAUUGUUGUGUGUUUACAACAGGUUGAUGUGUGGCGUGGUUAAUCCCUUGCACUUUGAGGAGGUUAUUGUUAGCCAGCUGGUGUUCGCACAGGAGGUUGGUGGUCGAUGAACAGUCGACCGACAGAUGGAUCGCGGGAUUUGUUUUUGGCAUUUACCGCUUGGAUUCUAUUCGCAACGUAGCUCGGAAUACACGCUUAAUAUGCAUAGUUAGAAGACUUCGGGGACGCAAAUCGCUCGGAAAUGGAGGAGGGUCUCAAUAUGCUCGGCUCGCGAUGUCGCGCUCUUGAGCUUGUAUUAUGCACUGUGCGCAAUGCGCGUUCAGCAUGCAUAUUCUUACGAACAACUAGGGACUUGAGUGACGCGGUGUGAAAAUCAGUCGGGGUCU